UGUGAGCGUCUCGCCGUCAGAUGAGCGUGUCCAGGCCGACCUGUGGCCAGACGCACACGGAGAGUCUGAGGACAAAGUUUGCUGGAUCCAGCUCUUAUCUGCGCUCAGCUGCACGGAGCUCAGAGCGUUUAGGAGCCGCUGAGGGCAGCAUGUAUCCGGGCUGAGGACGGCCGCUGUGGUGCGUAUGACUGAUCCCCGUUAAUGAAGCACCACCGGGAUGUGUGCGUAACGAUCUGACUGUCACCUCUCCGCUCCUCCGUAGUUUGCUUCGUGCCGGUUGUUUCUCUGCCGUGGCCCUCCGUCUGCUCCGAGCCCCGGUGACCCUCUGGAGCCAUGGGUGGGAGUCUGGGCUGCCACCGCUCCAUCCCCAAGGACCCCACAGACUUCAGCUGCGGAAAGCGCAAAUUCAGCGCUGCGUGCAAUUUCAGCCACAUCCUGGUGAACCAGGAGCGGCUGAACAUCAACACGGCCACCGAGGAGGAGCUCAUGACUCUGCCGGGGGUCAACCGCACCGUGGCUCAGAACAUCGUGGAGUACCGGGACUGUAUCGGCGGCUUUAAGAAGGUGGAGGACCUGGCUCUGGUGAGCGGCAUCGGAGCCACCAAACUGGAGGUGAUCAAACUGGAAAUCUGCGUCUCCAGCAGGACCAGCUCGUCCCAGCACUCCCCGUCCUCGCUGCGCAAAGACCUGGAGCACCAGUCCAGCACCGGGAUGAACAUUAACACCGCCACCCCGGCGCAGCUCAUGAGCAUCAGGGGCAUCACGGAGAAGAUCGCCAAGAACAUCGUGGCCUACCGGGCAGAGCACGGCCCGUUCAAGAGCAUCGAGGACCUGGUGAGGGUGAACCACAUCAACAGCUCCCUGCUGGACAAAAUCCGCUUCCAGGUGUUCGUGGAGCGCUCCAGGGCUCCAUCCACCAACACCAACGGAGGGCUCACCUGCACCACCAAGUCUCACCCCAGCCCCACUUCAUUCAGCCUCAGGAGCGACGACCUGGACCUCCCUCCCGGAGGACCGACCCAGAUCAUCUCUGUGCGGCCGAACGUGGAGCCCCCGCUCGGGCUGCGGGAGGGCAAGCCCGUGGUGCGGAUGGCCACGUGGAGCCUGCAGGGCUGCUCCUGCGACAAAGCCAACAACCCGGGAGUCAAGGAGGUGGUCUGCAUGACCCUGCUGGAGAACGACAUCAAGUUACUGGCGGUGCAGGACCUGCUGGAUCGGGAGGCUCUCGAUAAGUUCUGUGUGGAGUUAAACCAAGGAACACUGGCCAGCGUACGGAAGUGGAAAUGGCCACGAGGCCUGUGGAAAAGUAUCGUGUCUGAAAAACCCACCGGGCACUCCAGCAAGGGAGUCAGCUACUCAGGCUUUCUGUGGGACAGCUCAUCAGGUGUUGACCUGAAGGAUGCCGUAGUACUGGAGUCUCCUGUUGUCAACGGCAAUGGAAAUCAUACGUACCCUCGACUCUACCUGGCUCACUUUUUAAUUGGUUCAUACGAGCUGACAGUGAUGAACAUCCACAUGCAGGCCGCAGCCUCACCAUCAGAGUCCAGCGGCAAAAACCACAGCUCAGAUGAAAUCAGGUGUCAGCGCCUCUCCCCCAGCAUCCAGGAAACACUCAAAGGUGAGAAGGAGUUGGUAAUAUUGGGAGACUUUGGCUCCCCUCCUCAGAGCUCAGAGCUGGACGUACUAAGAAAGGAGAAGCUCUGUGCCCUAAUACCAUCCUCCCAGUUCACCAACAUCAGCACCCGCUCCCCACAGGGAACCCGCUGCCUGGAUAACAUCUGGAUCAGCCGCUCCCUCAAGAAGAUUUACUCAGGCCACUGUAUGGUGGUGCGGGAGGGCCUGACAAACCCCUGGAUCCCAGAUAAUUGGUCGUGGGGCGGUGUGGCUUCGGAUCACUGUCCUGUGGUUGCAGAGUUUUAUGUAGAUCCAUCUCCUAAGGAGCUGAGCAGGCCUGGCAUGGCAGUGGUGGACAGAGGAGACAUUAUGCCCAAACAUGAACGGUGACAGCAGCCACAAUCAGGACAGCAGUGAAUGACAUGAGAAGGACUUUGAGCCACCUGGAUGCUGCUUUAUCUUGGUUUGCCAUGGAGCAGAGUUUUCUGAUGAAUGUGAAGAAGUGCCAAGAUUGCCUUUUGGGUUUCAAAUUAUCAUUGUAUAAUAGUAAGUGAUAAGCCAUCAAGCCAUAAAAAUUGUUGAGAUAAAGAUAUAUAUGUGAUGUACUUUAAAAAGAAAUGUGCCAAACAUUUUCUAUAUGUAUAUACAAUAAAGAUAAAUUGAUAGACGUUC